AUGUCGAGGGCAACGCUCCAGGCAUUCCUCACCACCGCCCGCAAUGCUCUCAAAGCGCCAGCUACUCAAAGACCCAAACCGCUGACCUUUGUUGUUGGCAACGAAUCCGCAGACCUCGACUCGCUUUGCUGUGCCAUCGUAUACGCCUAUGUCCGCAGCCAUACCGCCCCCCAUGCCUUACACAUUCCUCUGUCCAACCUGCCACGCGCAGAUCUCGGCCUGCGCACAGAAAUGACCGCCGUCCUACAGCACGCUGGUCUCAGUCUAUCCGAUCUGCUCACCCUCUCAGAACUUCCUGACCUCACGCCAGAAGACACGCGCUGGCUGCUCGUCGACCACAACUGCCUAACCGGCCCGCUGAAGAAAUUCAAAGACCAGGUCAUCGGCUGUGUAGACCACCACGUCGACGAGGGCAGCCUCCCCCACGACAUUUCACCAAGAGUAAUCGAACCGUGCGGCAGCUGCAUGAGCCUCGUCGUCGACGAAUGCAAACCCACGUGGACGCAGCUCCAAAACGACACCGACAUUUCCCCCAGCGAGCGCGAAAGCCUCGCAAAGCUAGCACUGGCGCCUAUCCUCCUCGACACGAUCAACCUAACCGCCAAAUCAAAAGUACGCCCCAAAGACCCACAGGCUGUCGACUUCCUCCAGUCGCAGAUCCACGAAACGGGCUUCAGCACAGAAACGUACUAUGAGCAAAUCACCGCUGUGAAGGAGGACAUCUCCAGCCUCUCCUUCCGCGACAUCUUUCGCAAGGACUACAAGCAGUGGGAGGAGAAUGGCCUGACGCUAGGUAUAAGCUGUGUUGUCCAGGGGUUCGAGUACCUGCUCGACAAGGCGGAGACGAAGGAGUUGUUUCUGCGGGAACUUGAGGCGUGGGCCGACGAGAGGAAGUUGGAUGUCGCGGCUGUGAUGACGACGUCGCAUCCUGGCGGCAAGUUCCAUAGACAGUUGCUGGUUUGGGGGAUGAACGACAGGGGGAAAGAAGCGGUUGGGAGGUUUAGAGACGUGGGUAGGCCGUUGGACUUGGAGCGCUGGGAGGACGAGGACGGGGGGUUGGAUGCUGAGGGUGGAAAUACGAGGUUUGCGUGGAGACAGGGUGAUUUGGCGGCGAGUAGGAAGCAGGUUGCGCCGUUGUUGAGACAGGCAUUGAGUGGGAAUGCGAAGAUGUAG